AUGAGAGCUGAAAUCGCCGUGCCCGCGAUUGCGGCGCUCUGUUACAGAGCUCACUCCAAGAAGUCGUUGACACCCGGCGGCAUCUUUGCUGCUUUCCUCACGGCCGUCGCCCACGCGGUCCAUCCUUGGAAUCUUCCAUUUGCUCUGCUCGUCGUGUUCUUCCUCGCAGGAACGCGGGUAACCCAUGUCAAGGAAAAUGUCAAGGCAAAGCUCACAGUACACUCGAAGGGCACGUCCGGCGGCGAAGGCCCGCGAAACCACAUCCAAGUGUUUGCCAACUCGCUCACGGCUUCCAUCUUCUCUCUGCUCCACGCCUAUCAGCUCCACGUGCGCAAACAGGCGCUGAUCGCCAAUCCCACCAGCACCGGGACCGGCAGCCUUUGCUUCUCCUGGGGCGGAGAUCUGCUGGUGAUUGGUAUCAUUGCCAACUAUGCUUGCGUCGCGGCCGACACCUUCAGCUCCGAGCUGGGCAUCCUGUCCAAGGGCGAGCCGCGCCUGAUCACAAGCUGGAACUUGCGCAAGGUACCGCGCGGCACCAACGGCGGCGUCUCCCUCGUCGGUCUCGGCGCUGGCCUGCUGGGCAGCAUGAUCAUCGUCACCGCGUCGAUGCUUCUUCUGCCUCUUUGCACUGACGAGACGGCUAUGAGACUUGGCGGUGCCGCGGGCUGGUCACUGGGACAGCGCCGUAUGCUUAUUCUCGGCCUCACAGUUUGGGGUUUCUUGGGUAGCGUCGUGGACAGCAUUCUGGGUGGGCUCUUCCAGGCCAGUGUCAAGGAUGUGCGUACGGGCAAGAUUGUCGAGGGCGAGGGUGGCGUGAGGGUACUGGUUUCGAACGCUACGAACCCCAACAGUGUUGCCGGUCGUACCAAGGCCGAGAUCAAGGCGUCUCUUCUCUCCGGCGAAGGGGCGGAUGCGGUGGAAGACGUUGGCGCCGCAGGAAAGGCCAGUGGUAAGGGCGCGGCUUCCGGUAACAAAUAUGAUCCGCGUAACAAGCAGCGGAGGUCGAGCUUUGGAGAUGAGAGGCCGUCGCGAGUGGUGGAGAACGGCUGGGACCUGCUUGAUAACAACGAUGUCAACUUCUUGAUGGCAUUUGGCAUGAGCGUGGGAGCGAUGGCGGUCGCAUCGUGGUAUUGGGGAGUUCCUCUGCAGUCUGUGUUGCCGCCAUGGUGGGCUUGGCUCGGAGGCCCUGAAGCUCUAGCGACGGCCCCCAGCCCCGUUGUAGGCCGCUCUCCGAAGCGCUCUGACCCCGCGGUUCCGCCUCCUUCGGACGACAUCUCGUCAGACAAACGAACGACCUUCCAUCCGCGAUCCAGUGCCGUUGCGUUGCAAGCCCCUCCGCCCGCCAUGGCACAGGCCUACGAUGACGAGGAGCUUUCCAUCUCCUUGUCCCCUUCUCAGAUCCGAAGUCGCAACAAGCGAUCCGGCGAUGGCGCAUCAGGUUUCGGCCCCAGCACUGGCAACCUCCAUGAAUACGGUCAACACGGCCAGCAACUACAUCCUAAUAUCAACGCCGUCAUGGCCGACGCACCCCUCCGCGAUAAGAUGCGCACCGAGCAGCGCAUCGGUGCUUAUAACAUUGUCAAGACGCUCGGCGAAGGCAGCUUCGGCAAGGUCAAGCUGGCUGUGCAUCGCAGCACCGGCCAGCAGGUUGCCCUUAAGAUCAUUGCCCGCAAGAAGCUCAUCAGCCGCGACAUGCAAGGCCGCGUAGAGCGCGAGAUUGAGUAUCUGCAAUUGCUGAGACAUCCUCAUAUCAUCAAGCUGUACACGGUUAUCAAGACCCCAACCGAGAUCAUCAUGGUGCUAGAGUUUGCCGGCGGCGAAUUGUUCGAUUAUAUUGUUCAACAUGGAAAGAUGAAGGAGGAUGAAGCCCGCCGCUUCUUUCAGCAGAUGCUAUGCGCCGUCGAAUACUGUCAUCGUCACAAGAUUGUCCAUCGCGACUUAAAGCCCGAGAACCUCUUGCUGGACGAGAAUCUCAAUGUCAAAAUCGCUGAUUUCGGUCUUAGCAACAUCAUGACCGAUGGUAAUUUCCUAAAGACCAGCUGCGGCUCUCCCAACUAUGCGGCUCCCGAGGUCAUUGGCGGCAAGCUCUAUGCAGGACCCGAAGUCGAUGUCUGGAGUUGCGGUGUCAUUCUUUACGUCCUACUUGUCGGACGGCUCCCCUUCGACGACGAGCAUAUUCCCAGUCUCUUCGCCAAGAUUGCACGUGGAAGCUACAUGGUGCCGACCUGGAUGAGUCCCGGCGCGGCGUCACUAAUCAAGAAGAUGUUGGUCGUCAACCCUGUUCAACGUGCCACCAUUGACGAAAUUCGCCAGGACCCAUGGUUCCUUAAGGAUCUGCCAGCUUACCUUCACCCUCCUGUCGAGGAAUUCCUCAACACUGGCGUGGAUCCGAACAAGGCCAUCAAGGUCAGCGAUAUCGCGCCAAAUGCGCCACCUCAGGAACAGGAGAAGCUACAUAACGAGGUUACAGAAAAGAUCAGUAAAACCAUGGGCUACGGCAAGAGAGAUGUCGAAGAGGCCUUGGAGGCCGACGAACCCUCAGCCAUCAAAGAUGCCUACAUGAUCGUGCGUGAGAACAAGCUGAUGCAGAGUAACCGAACUUCACCGAGACCAUAUGUCAGCAAGAUCGGUAUUUUGCCUAGCAGUCUUCCUACCUAUCACAGGGUCUUUAUGGAGCGUGAGAAGGCCAAGGCCGAAGGUCUUGAGCCCCCUGAUGCCAUCCCCACCAUCGUUGAGCCGGCAAAUCAGCCGCGCAGCCAAGCCGAACAAGAAGAGACCAUCCGAAGACUCAAGCCACAUUCGAGAAGUCAACUUCGUCUUGACGAGGCCAACAAGCGCCCACAAGGACUUACCCCCGUCAACCCGCCCAAGAAGAACAAGCCUGCCCGAUGGCAAUUUGGUAUUCGAUCCAGGAACGCUCCUUGGGAAGCGCUGGUGUGCAUUUACAAGGCUUUAAAUAAGCUUGGUGCCGGAUGGAUUGUCGAUGAAGACUACGAAAGAGCCCACCGGGACGAUGACGAUACUGAUGACUACGAUGGACCUACUAUCGGGCGCAGGAAGUCAACAUCUAACAUGGAUCCCACCAAGAUCUACAGACUUCCUGCGGACCCCUGGCACAUCAAGAUUCGGUGGACAACCGACAAACUCAAAAAGCAUUCGAUCGCCUCGGGUCUCAGCGAAGCAGGAGAAAACAUGCAUGUUACCCGGGACGGCGGCGACAGCAAGUACCAGGUUGUGGCCAUGCGCAUGGAGAUUCAGAUCUACGAAAUGGAGCACGGUGUCUACCUUGUCGACUUCAAAGUCGACGGCUACGAGACCCCUGAUGGAAAGCUUCUUGAGGAUAAGGAAGUGACGAGCCCCUUCCCCUUCCUUGACAUGGCGGCCAAGCUCAUCAUGCAGUUGGCAGACGCAGAUUGA